CAGUAGAUGCACUCUAGAAUUGAAAACACUUCCGUUUCUUUCAACAAAGGAGUAUACCCGUAUCACUGGAAUAAAGGAUGUCAGCUUUUCAACGCUUAGGUCGGACAAAAAGGUGGAAGACUUUUUUGACAACAUUAAUCCUAUUUUUGCUAGUGUUAAAGAGCAAUAUACUGUGUCGAUUUGUCUGUGUUUGGAACGAUGAAGGAAAGGAAGCAACAUCGUACAGUAUGGUACAAGCAUACGUAGAAAAGGGGCUUAUUAAAUAUAAUGCAGUGUCUGCUUCCUGUAAAGACCGUGGCAAAUCCCUGAAUUUGCUGAUAAUGAUACCAAGCCGGAUUACAAAUUUUAAGCAAAGAGCAGCCCUAAGGAAAUCUUGGCUUUCCACUACCAAAACAAAUAACACUGUACAUCAUAUUUUCGUUCUCGGAAAGAGUGAUAAUGCAUUUUAUAAUGACAUUGCAAGUGCAGAAAGUAACAUUUUCAACGAUAUAAUAAGUCUAGAUAUUACUGACACCAAUGAAAAUGAAACUUUGAAAUCCGUAGGUAUUUUGCAGUGGGCACAUGUGAAUUGUGCGCGCGUUACCUAUCUGCUUAAAAUAAAUGAUGACGUUUUUCUCAACAUUCAUAGUCUACUGAAGUACCUUAAUCGUACCAAACCGUUGAAUGCAAUUAUUGGAUGCAGACAGGAUAAAAUGCAAAGUUUUCAUUUACCUUUCCUAAACAAACGUGAUAGUUUUUUCAUGGAUGUUGAUUUUACCCAUCCUGUGUAUAUCCAUGGUUCAGCGUACCUUAUUUCCGGAGAUAUACUCUCCAAGCUGUACUUGGCCACUCGACGUGUUCCGGUGUUUCUUUUCGAGGAUAUUUAUAUCACUGGUUUGUGUAGGCAAUACAUUAAAGCUGAUGCCAUUGGACAUUCUGGUUUCAGUUGUGGAUAUCGUGAAAAAGGACCAUGUGGAUCUAAUUUCCGGUAUUCCAUAACAGGCAAUCAGUAUCGCCCAGAACAAAUUGUUCGUAUGUGGAAGGAACUUCAAGACAGAUGGUCAGACUGUCGUUUGCUUGAUAACUACUGGCUUUCACGUACUUUUGAUGUGUUGAGGAACAUGCUCUUUUAACGAUCUACAUGCACUGUUUUAAGGUAGCUCAUUACACUAAAGUUUUAUUUAAUGGUUCGUUACCUUUCAUGAAGUAUGAUUUCACCAUCGAAAGAGUGAUUUUUUCGGACUGAUAAAAAAGGGUGUAUUGUUUGCAAAUAAGGGAUUCUAGGGUCCAGAUUUUGCUGUGAUUUGGUGCAUGAUACGAAUAUCUAAUAAAACAUGCCUAAAAGAUUCAAAUACACCCGUAUAAGCGUUCUAAUUUUUUAGAAGAAAAUAUUUAUGAAAAUUAAAAACGUUAUUUGUUAAUUUUUCUUUAAAUCUACGGAUAAAAUCUUCAAAAACAUGUUAGUCGGAACAGAAAUAUAUCGAAGAAAUAUAUUUCAAAAUGAAAUUGAAACGAAAUGUCCAAAUUUUAGAUAUAAUCACUAUUUCCAAACUGAAGAAAAAAGUACCGAUCCCGAUCGAAAUUACUAAAAUAAUCAUACUACUACUAAUUGUAUGCACUGUUCAUCAAGAAAUUAGUUUUCCUUAUAAAGUCGUUUAAUUUGCAAAAACUUUUACAUCAAGGGGAUGUAGUUUUCUGAUUAUAAUGUUCUCUUUGACUACUUUUUUACAAUUCCGAUCGGGCUUGGUUCAAAUUAGAAAAAUCGAAAUAUUUCUGAAUUUUGACCAUUUCAUUUCAAUUUCUUUUCAAAAUGUAUAUCUCUUAUUACAAAUUGACAUGUUUUUUGAAAAUUUUAUCCAUAGAUUUAAAAAAAAUAUUACAUGUAGCAAAUAACGUUUUCAAUUUUCAUAAAUAUUUUUUUAUCUAAAAUAUUAGAACGUCUAUCUGAGUUGUUUAGGCAUGUUUUCUUAUAUAUUCAUAUUAUGCAUCAAAUCACAGCAAAGUUUGAACUAUAUAGUAUCUUAUUUGCAAAUAAAGUGCCGUUUUUAUCAUUCCGGGAUAAAUCGCACACAAAAAUCAUAUAAAAUACUUGAGAGCUUCUAUAACUUUUUCAAUGGUGAAAUCAUACUUCAUAUUUUAACGAGCCAUUAAAUACAAAUUUAGUGGAAUGAGUUACCUUAAUUAUGUCAGUAAUUAUAAGCAUAGUAAAUCAAAAAUUGUU